AUGGGUAUUUCCGGGCUUCUCCCACUGCUCAAGUCUAUCCACAAGCCAUGCAAUCUCAAGAAGUUCGCCGGUCAGACAAUUGGCGUGGAUGCAUAUGGCUGGCUGCAUCGAGGCACGGCUGCCUGCGCCAUUGAUCUGGCCCUGGACAAGCCGACCACCAAAUACAUCGACUUCUGCAUGCACCGCGUCCGUAUGCUCAUCCACUUCGGCAUCACACCCUACCUCAUUUUCGAUGGAGAUAACCUACCCAGCAAAGCCGGCACGGAGAAGGACCGAAGAGAGAGGAGGAAAGAAGGCAAGCGACUUGGCCUAGAGCUCCUCAAACUCGGCAAGACAUCACAGGCGCAGUUGGAGCUGCAGAAGGCUGUCGACGUCACCCCAGAAAUGGCGCGGGCUUUCAUCGAAGAGCUCAAGGCUAGCAAUGUCCAGUACGUCGUUGCGCCAUACGAAGCAGACUCGCAGAUGGUUUAUCUGGAGCGCAAGGGUGUCAUCGAUGGCAUCCUGUCAGAGGACUCUGAUCUUCUGGUCUUCGGCGCAAAGUGCCUGAUCACCAAGCUCGACAAGUACGGAGACUGUAUCGAGGUCAAUCGCAACCACUUCACAGCCUGCAGGGAAAUCAGUCUAGUAGGCUGGUCGGACGCAGACUUCAGGCGAAUGGCUAUCCUCAGUGGGUGCGACUACUUGCCUGGCAUUGGCGGGCUUGGUUUGAAGACCGCCCAUCGCAUGCUUCGAAAACACAAGACUGUAGACCGGCUGGUCAAGGCCGCGCAAUUUGACGGCAAGCUCAAAGUUCCCGUCGGUUUCAUGGCGGAUUUUGAUCAGGCGGAGAAGACGUUCCUCUACCAGUGGGUCUUCUGCCCAGUUGAGAAGCGGCUGGUCAACUUAACCCCACUCGCGGACGAUGUUAGCAUUGCAGACAUGCCAUAUCUGGGCGAGGAAGUGGCAGCACACGUUGCAGCCGGCGUAGCAAACGGCGAUUUAUACCCACGUACGAAGCUGCCCAUGACAGUGCCGAGCAAAGCAACGUCAAAGAGUAGGGUGUUUGGAGCUUCUCGAAGAGCAUCAACAAACUUACAGACACCGGACUUGAAGGGCAAGUCCAUCGAUUCUUUCUUCAAGCCCAAGCGUACGCCGUUGGCCGAACUGGACCCGAACAUCUUCACACCAUCGCCGAGUCAGCAAGCCUUGUUGGAACAGCAAAGGAACAGCACUGGCUGGGAAGCAGUGCCCGCUCCCGGAUCGCAGUCAUCACAACGACCGUCCUUCCCCAGCACUGCCCCUCAACCCGCAAGACGAAUCAUAUCUGAUCCCACAGGUCGUAGACGGUCCGUUCCGCAUCCGUUUAAGAGGCAGCGGCUUUGUUCUGACUCUGUACUCAACACUUCUGCAGAUGGAGAGAGUAUCGUACGGAGCCAGUUCUUCGCAUCGACUAUGCCAGAGCCAAGUCCUUCGCUCCGCCCGACCAAGAACAACAGACGAAAGACAGACAACGGCUUCGAGCUGUACUCUGACGACUCGAUAGGGGAGGCUAUGGCGGAAGCAGCAGACCUGGAAGAGGCAGCCUCUCAGCCCAAGAAGAAGCUGAGGAUUUUCAGUGACUCUCAGUCCACCGCCACCACAAGGACCUCCACAGCCGAAUCGCAGGACUCUACAGGAGUGCUGACGCCCGCCACGUCUUUCGGAAGUCCCGAGCCCGAGUCUGUUUUCAGCGCUGCAAUCUCGUCGCAGAUGCAGGAGCUACGGUCCAAGUUCACCUACAAGGGGCCGGAGUCAAGCUCAGCAAACAAGACACUACGCAGACGCGGCACAGAGGCACGAGCACCCUCAAUACUGCCACUCGAGCUCUCCUCUACAAGCACGCAAGAGGGCAAAACAGAGACCAUUGUACCAGGUACUCCACCUCGUGCAGAUGAAGCUCCCGAUUUUGGGGACUCGGCAUGGGUAGCGUUAGACUCUGAGAUAGUCGUCCCUGCCUCAUCACCGCCCCCGACACCAUCCAAGCGACGGCGCUCCUCGCUGAAAGGAAGCGAAGACCUGAUUGUGCACGACAGCGACGGCGAAAGCCUAUGUUCGCCCCGCAAGCCCAUGUUCAGCCUCAACCGCUUUGCAUUCACUGGAUAG